UUUUAAAGGAAACUAUAUCAUUACUCAACUCAAACUCUCAGUAUGUAACUGAGAGGUAAUACAAUCUGGAGGGGUACACAACAUAUGAAAACCAUCCGACAUAGAAAGAGCAGCCCUAGCUAACUUAUGAGCUACUACAUUCGCAGAUCUUCUUCCGUAAAUGACUUCUAUCUUAGCUUCAUUACGAAGAGUGAGUCUUAUAUCGUCUGAAAUAGUGUCCAGAUAGGAAUCUCCAUCCCUGUUAACCAGACCAGAUGCUACCACUUGAGAGUCUGUCUCUAGUUCAAUUCUCCCCCAGCUCUGUGUUUUUGCCCAUCCUAUUAUUUCACGUACUCCAAUCGCUUCUGUUAUCUCCGCUGAUCAGCUUGCUCCUUGCACAUUCCAGCCAUCACCAAUGAAAUUGCCCUGUGAAUCUCUGGUCACCCAUGCCCAUGCUCGUCUGUUAGUUUGCAAGUCUAGCGCCGCAUUCACAUUGAUUUUAAUGAUCCCUUCCGCUGGUUUCUUCCACCCAGUCACCUGACGUGUCACCUUUCCUGUGCUUCCAGGCAUUUCCUGAGCUAUCUUCCAUCCUCGUAAGACCGCUGCUCCCACUUCCACGCACUGACGCCAAACCGCAUCUUGAUUCUUCCAGACUUUCUCAUUCCGGCUCUUCCAUAUGCUCCAUAGAUUAGCAAUAAAAAUGCAUAAGUCAUCAUCCUGCAAAUUAUCAAAAAAAUAUUAAUCCAGUCAACAAAAUUUCGCCGUUGUCGGAUAAAGCCGCCUCCCAGAUUCCUCCACACCAUGGAAGCUAGCCUGAAAGUUUUAAAUAUAUGCUCCUCUUAUUCAUCCUCCCCUUCACAAAUUUUGCAUGUUCCUUCUACCUCCACAUGCCUUCGGCGAAGGUUAUUUACGGUAGGUAGACAACCCGUCAUCAUCUGCAAAGCAAAACACUUCAUUUUUUGUGGUAUUUGUAAAUUCCACAUUUUUGUCCAGCCAACCACCCCUGACCCAUGCAUUCCCCGUGAAGUACUCUGUACCCGCUCUUUACUGAAUAGAUUCAUCUGUUAUCUUCAUUCCACCAGAAACCGUUCGGUCGUCUCCUACUACUUAUGGGGAUAGACAGGAUAGCUCUUCUGUCCUCAGCUGAAAAAAUAGUAUUAAUUCUUUCCAUGUUCCACCGGUCUCCUUGUUCAUUGAGCAGUGCGGCUACAUUCAUAUCAGCAAUUCCUGCCGGAGGGCUUGAUUGAAUUCGGCCUGAUCCCUGUCAUGGUAGCAACAUGGACGUGAGCUCUCUCUUCGCCCUGAAGAAUGCCAAGGGGAAAAAGAGGGGUCCAGUGGGCACUUCUGCCAGGGAGGAGUCCUCCCAAGCUGCUACUGCCGGUGCUGGCGCCGGGGGGCCCAAAGGCGCUGGGGCCUUGAAGAAGAAGAACGAUGUCAAGGGGACCGAGCCCCCGGCCAAGAAGCUGAAAGCUAAGGUCCCCGACAAGUAGCCGGCCGCUGACGUUGUCAUCAUUGUGGACGAGGGGCACGCCCCCGGUCCCACCCCUCAGGAGCACAUCAACCAGGACUUCUUCGGCCGGGAGAAGUUGGAGGCGAUAGUGCCGAAGGGGGCAUCUGUACUGGAGGGCAGCCUCAACCCCUCGGCGCUGAUGAGCCAGAUGCUGCCCUCGGCCAAUCGGCUGGCCCUUGCUAGGAUGGACGAGGGCUCCCUCGAGGCCAAGAUUCUGCUGAGCAGUGCCUCCACCUUCAUGGGCCUCUGUGAGCACCUCCGAAGGGUGGAGCAUAUGAAGGAGGCGAAGGGUGUCGCCGAAGGGGAAGCUGCCAGCCUUAGGAAGAGGCUGGCUGAGGCCGAGGAUUCCCUCCGCUUGGCCACUGAUAGCCUAGAGCAGCGAGUGCAAACUACGAGGGCCAAGGGGAAGAAUGAGGGCCUGGCUGAGGCCGGGGAGGCUGCUGCCGAAGCCGCCCGCGUUGCUGCUGAGGAAGCCCGCGUGGCUAAAGAAGAGGCCAUCUCCAUAGCCCGGGAGGAUGUUGUAGCUGGCUUUCUUGCCGAGGGAUGGAAAGCAGAGGAGGAGAAGGAGUGGCUGUCCUCGGUGGUGGAGGCUUCAGUGGAUGCUUGGGUUAGAGGCCCCGGUAAAAUGUGGCUUGCUGAGAAGGGUGACUCCUACUAUCAAGGCGGGGAGUUUUUCACCCAGCGCCUCAUAUACUGAAAGCUGGCCAGGCACUUCAAACUCUCGCCGGAGGAGUUCCAGCCCGAGGCUUAUGGCCUCCCCCCUUGGCAACCAGACGUCAGGAUCCCCCUCCCCGAAGGCGAAGAGAGGCCAAUGCUUGAAGACUCGGAGACCCUAAGGGAGUGCGGCCUCGGGGGUGACGGGGAUGAGGCCGAAGGCGAGGCCACUUCAAAAGCUGUUGACGGGGGCGACAUUGUAGCUCCCAUUCUGUAAUUUGUACCCUGAACAAUUUUUGUAAUCACAUUGCUCAACUUUUGGCUUCGGCUCUUAUGAACAUCCUGCCCCGUGUUUUGGGUGAAUUGAUGCCUCCGGGCUUUUGUAUAUAACAUGUUUUGUUUUUGAAUGUAUGUCUCCGCCUUUCUUUGUGAAAUGUAUGCCUUCUAAUUAUGCCUUGUGAAUGAAUGCCCUCGUACUUUGAUGCUUAGGUUGUCAGUUGUUUGGGACUUAGAAAAAUUUUCUUAGUGUUGUCCUCCCAUCAGGCCUUCGGUUGAGUGGCCCCUCGGG